UGUUCGGGCGAGGAGACGACGAGACUGUCUGGAAAACACCAGCGUGCUUCGUAUCGGGCAUUUUAUCCACGUCUGCAAAUCUAAUAGUUCCACGUUACACAACUAUUCGCUGCCAGUUUACCGAAUUAGACGGGAGAAUGUCUGCAGCUGAGGUGAACGGCAGUUCUGCCCCGGCAAAGGAGGAAGAGGAGCCCAUGGAUGUGACAACGACACACACAGAGAACUAUCAGACACUUAUUGAUGCUGGGCUACCCCAGAAAGUGGCUGAAAGUCUAGAUAACAUCUUCCAGACAGGGUUGGUAGCAUAUGCCGACUUGGAUGAGAGGGCUAUUGAUGCACUGAGGGAGUUCAAUGAGGAGGGAGCACUUACUGUGCUGCAACAAUUCAAAGAGAGUGACCUGUCACACGUGCAGAAUAAAAGUGCGUUCCUCUGUGGAGUCAUGAAAACAUACAGACAGAGAGAAAAACAAGGAAGUAAGGUACAAGAGUCCACCAAGGGCCCGGAUGAGACAAAAAUAAAGGCUUUGUUGGAGAGGACGGCAUACACUCUGGAUGUUACUACUGGGCAGAGAAAAUAUGGAGGCCCUCCACCUGAGGAAAUAUUUAAAGGAACCCAUCCAGGGAGUGGGACUGAGGUUUUUGUUGGAAAAAUCCCCAGGGAUUUGUAUGAAGAUGAACUUGUGCCACUUUUUGAAUCUGCUGGCCCCAUCUGGGACCUCAGGUUAAUGAUGGACCCUCUGUCUGGUCAAAACAGAGGCUAUGCUUUCAUCACGUACUGCAAUAAAGAUGAUGCACAAAAGGCUGUGAAGCUUUGUGAUAACCAUGAAAUCCGCCCUGGCAAGUACUUGGGAGUGUGUAUAUCUGUUGCAAACAAUCGCCUGUUUGUUGGAUCAAUUCCAAAGAACAAGACCAGAGAAAGUAUAGUGGAAGACUUUAGCAAGGUCACAGAGGGUCUCCAAGACGUGAUAUUGUACCAUCAGCCAGAUGACAAGAAGAAGAAUCGUGGCUUCUGUUUCCUUGAGUACGAGGACCACAAGUCUGCAGCACAGGCACGUCGUCGCCUGAUGAGCGGGAAGGUCAAAGUGUGGGGGAACCCUGUUACCGUGGAGUGGGCUGAUCCUGUGGCUGAGCCUGACCCAGAAGUCAUGGCUAAGGUGAAGGUUCUCUUCGUAAGGAAACUUGCCACAGCAGUGACUGAAGAGCUUCUUGAGAAAACCUUCUCGCGGUUUGGAAAAUUGGAAAGAGUGAAGAAAUUGAAAGAUUAUGCUUUUGUCCAUUUCGAAGAAAGAGAUGCUGCAGUAAAGGCUAUGGAUGAAAUGAACGGGAAGGAGCUUGAAGGAGAGGAAAUCGAGAUAGUUUUGGCAAAGCCCCCAGACAAAAAGAGGAAAGAACGCCAAGCAGCUCGGCAGACCACCAGGAAUUCAGGGUAUGACGACUACUACUACUACCCACCUCCUCGCAUGCCGCCGCCCGGGCGAGGCCGAGGCCGCGGUGGCCGAGGGGGAUAUUCCUAUCCUCCCGAUUACUACGGUUAUGAGGAUUACUAUGAUGACUACUACGGUUACGACUACCAUGACUACCGUGGUGGCUACGAAGACCCUUACUACAACUACGAAGACGUGUACAGCAUAAGGGGCCGCGGCACUCGUCCCAGCAGGGGCGGGCCUCCGCCGCCACGCUCCCGCGGGGCGCCGCCCAGCCGAGGCCGGGGCGGCUACGUUCAAAGAGGACCCCCCCUGGGGGGGCCGAGGGGUGGCCGAGGGGGCCGGGGAGCCCCUUUCCAACCCCAAAGGGGCCGUGGUCUCCGCGGCGCAAGGGGAAAUCGCGGAGGUAACGUUGGAGGAAAGAGGAAGGCGGACGUGUUUAACCAGCCUGACUCCAAGCGCCGCCAGACCAACAACCAACAGAACUGGGGGUCCCAGCCCAUCGCCCAGCAGCCCCUGCAGCAAGGGGCCGACUACUCUGGUGGAGCGUGAGAGCGGCACCACUAGCAUGAGGAACUCACCUGAACGGUACUCCAGGGUGAGCUAGCCUUGCACAGAGUACUGUCUCCUCUCCUGUAGCUAAUGUGAUCGCCGGGAAUCAUCAGCAAUAGAAUACUUUGUAUUUUAUUUAAUUCCUUGCUUCCAUGCUUUUCCAUGAAUCAGUGUGUUCCUAUUAACUUUUUUAAAAUAAUACAUCUGAUAGAAGAGGGAGCAAUCUGUCCACGCUAUGAAAGACAUCAAGUCACAGAAAAUUGCUAAAAGGACAUCAGGAUAGGGCGUAUUUCCUUAACCCUUGUGCUGUCUUCGGGUCAAGGAAGGGAAGAAAGGAGGAAAGAAGGGAGAAAAGAAGGAUGGAAGGAAGGGAGAAAAGAGGAAGGGAAGAAGGAAGGAGAGAGCAGGAGGAAAGAAGGAAGGAAGGGGAAAAAAGGAAGGAAGGGAGAAAGGAACCAAGGAAGAAAAGAAGGAUGGAAGGGAGAAAAGAGGAAGGGAAGAAGGAAGGAGAGAGCAGGAGGAAAGAAGGAAGGAAGGGGGGAAAAAGGAAGGAAGGGAGAAAACAAGGAAGGGAGAAAAGAGGAAGGAGAGAGCAGGAGGAAAGAAGGAAGGGAGAAAACAAGGAAAGGAGGAAGGAAGGAAGGGAGAAAGGAAGAAAAGAAGGAUGGAAGGGAGAAAAGAGGAAGGGAAGAAGGAAGGAGAGAGAGAAAAAGGAAGGGAGAAAACAAGGCAAGGAGGAAGGAAGGAAGGAAGGGAGAAAAGAGGAAGGGAAGAAGGAAGGAGAGAGCAGGAGGAAGGAAAGAAGGAGAAUUAGGUCAUUUUGACCCGAAGACAGUUCAAGGGUUAAUAGAGAAAGGUCAUGGUCAGACCUAAGAGCAACAGAAGGGCCACUACUUUAGGUCACAUAUGGGUAUUUCUUUAAACUGGAAUCCCCAUCUGACUAGAUAUAAAACUGUACGAACAUCAGUUGUCACAGCAACGGUCUCCACUCAUUUUGUGAGUGAAGAAGAACUGGUUUCCCCUCUUGCACCACUAGAGGGCGCAGCUCCACACCAAGACGAUUAAUGCGCCGGUGUUUGCUUUAUUCUUCACUGCAUUUACUGUUCUCAUUAUGAAAAGGGUUUGUUUUAAAUAGGCCCAAAUUAACUGUAUGAGCUGCUUUUUAAAUUUGCAUAGAUGGUCCAUGGUACCUCAAAUAAAAUAUCUCUGAAAUUGGCUAAUUUUGGAACAAUGGCUGUACUUCAAAACUGAGGGUUUGCCAUUAAAGACCACAAGAUGGCAGUCUGAGGUCCAUUUUAAAUUCCACAGUGAGGCGGGAAUGUAGAAACCAUAAUACAGCUGACUAUCAGGUGUUGGCAUAAUUUGAUAUGUAUUAAAUUGCAGGCAAAUACAGAGGGGGCCUAAAAAUUGAUGUCAUAUCAGAAUUGUUUUUAUAUGUUUCCUUUUGUCACCAGACAGUAAAGAAGCUGCUCACUGGGUUCACAGAAUUGGAUGCGACUGAUCGAUGAGGCUUUUUAUCAUCUAUUGUUCAGAAAAUCAAAACAUGUUUAUACAAGUAUGUUUUGACCCAGCUAUCUUAUCAAAUAUUCACUCAUUCAGAGCAAAUUUACUCUUUUUUUCCUCUCCAAAAAAAUAAAACUCCCCCCAUCUUAUUUUAAAGACAGUAUAAUCUGUCUUUCUGAUCAUGUUUUGGGUUUUAAUGGUCAUGCUGGUGCUCAGAAACAUCAACCAAGUCGUGUUGGCAUGUCUGUCUCUGUGGCCCUUUUUUUAGUUCCAGUUCAGUACAGUGAUCUCCACCACGUGCCAGCCAGAUCCGUUAUAGGAUUUCACACAUCCCAGGAUGGACUUACCAGCGCCGAAGCCCAGAGUCCAUGAAUACACUUCAGCUGGCUUUCCGGCCCGCAGCAAGAGAUGAAAGGUCAGGUGAAGAUGGAGGGAGACAUGUGACCAAAGCCACGUCUAGACAACUGUUGAUGCUGCUGCAAGAAUUAGGACACAAUCUGGAAGGAGUGACAUGAUGAUUGUGCAAUAUAUGUUAUUAUCCAAAUAAAUGUUUUGUGUAUAUUUAUUUGAAAUGAAUAUGGACCUUAUGGUGUUUUUAAUUUAAGAAGUUGUACCAUUAUUUUGGGUUCUUUUGAUUACUUUAUGGUGAAGAGAUCAAUGAAAUGGGUGAAAAUGUGGGUUGGCACCACCAAAACAAACCAAAUGUUUCCUUGUAGUUUCCUAAUCAAAAAAAGGAAAUGUCACAUCUUUAAAUCUGGGCUAUAAAUGUCAGUCAUACGUACCAAGAGCUGCUUUUACUGAAGUUGGUUUGGAGAAGUGCUGCUUUACUGUAAAACAGAUUAGAUUGUCCUUUAAUUCAUCCCUUUAGUGGAUAAAUUCGCUUUGAGUAUAGAGACAGCCCACAGAGCCCUGCAGUAAAGUCAUUAGUAAUUCAAAUGAUUAUUUUGAUCAUAUAAAAGUGACAGCCAGAGUUAAAAAAAAAUAAAAAAUAAAAGUCGUGAUCCAUCUCGAAAUGUAGGAUGCAAUAUUUUACUAGUCAAUGUGUUGAUGAGGAAGCCAUGACUAAACGUAUUCUCGUCUUUUCAAAAGGGAAAAAAAUGGUCAAAAUUACGAUUCCUUUCCAUUAAGUGGUUGUUUGCAGGAUGGACUUAUCCGUUUUUAUUAAUUUGACUACAUUUCUGUAAAAGCGACGAGCACU